AAGCAACAACUGCUUUAGUGGUUUACUUAAGAAGCUGAUAGCGUUACCUGAAAAGGUGGUAAGAAUUUGUUCAGGUUGUUUCUGGGUUGGUUGCUGUCCUUUAAGAUACCAAGAUGAGCUGCUUCACUUUCUUAAAAGUCAUGAUGGUCUUGUUUAACCUGGCCAUAGUGCUUGGUGGAGGGGCACUCCUGGGCACUGGCAUCUGGGUUGCUGUUGACCGUAGUUCCUUCAUCGACGUGUUUGGUGCUCUGUCCUCCAGUGUGUUGCAAAUUGUGAAUGUGGGCUAUGUCCUCAUUGCCAUUGGAGCUGUCCUGUUUCUUCUGGGCUUCCUGGGAUGCUGCGGAGCUCAGAAAGAGAGCAAAUGCCUUCUAAUCAUGUUCUUUUCCAUUGUCCUGAUCAUCUUUAUAGUUGAAAUUGCUGUUGCAGUGCUCGCUCUUGUCUACACAUCGCUCGCAGAGACUUUAUUACAAGGAACAGUAACACAGUCCUUGAAAAAUGAUUUUGGGAAGCCUAAUUCUGAAGUUACCACUAUCUGGAACACCACAAUGCACAAUCUGAAAUGCUGUGGCCUAUCGAAUUUCACAGACUUCAAUGACUCCUACUACUACAACACAAACAAGGAGUAUCCAGGAAUCUGCUGCAAUUCUCUUCCAGUUCCUUGCACUUAUGAAAUUGCCCUUUCCAGCAAUAAGACGGGCUGCUUCCCUCAGUUGUUGUCUGAAGUUCGCAGCCAUGCUGGUGCAGUAGGUGGAGUAGCAGCUGGGAUCUGUGCACUGGAGAUAGCAGCAAUGGCUGUAGCAAUGUACCUUUACUGUCACCUGGAUGAAAAGUGACUGGGGUAGAAGGCCAAGAGACAAGAUAAUGGCACACGUAGCAAUCUUUCCUUAACCUGUGACGACAGCAAUCAAACAUUUCUUGGGCCUGAGGCAUUUUAUGUGAUUACUUAUUAGACUCUACUGAGCUGGAAUCUGUAGUGUGUACAUAAAUGAAAAGUGGUUUGAUAUGAAACUUUUAUAUUGCAAAGUGCUCUUGUGUUGAAAGCCAGAAAUAACUGAACCAAACAUUGAGAGAAACAGGCAGUUUUUUCUCUGCCUUCUAGAAUCUGCCUCUGGCACUGCACAGUUUGGGGACUUUCCUCUGGCUUUGAUUCCUGGCAUCCUGAGAAGAGUGUGAGAUCUCUCUAGAAGAGUAAAUGGCCUAAAAUGUUGCAGAUGGCUUUGAAAUGCUCUGGUCCCGUCCCGAUGCAAAAACCAGAAUUCUUAUUUCUGUGUGGUAUGAAUGGAGAUCAACAUUGCUAGUCUCCUAUCUUAUGCUGGCACUUAUACUAGGGAGUAAAGGCAAAGACUGUCAGUAGCUGUUGGGAGAAAAAGUACUUGGCUGUGAAGAGUAGUGAUCAGGUUAAAUCAGUCAGUUUCUUCAUGUCAGUGUAUAUGGACUUGAUUUGCCCCUCUCCACCCCCACCCCCCAGGUAUGCUCAGUAUGACUUCAAGUCUCUAUGGGUGUCUGGUUGAGCUGGCUCUAUAUCAAGGGAACCCCCUCCUGUAAUGAAACCGAUUGUACAUUGAGUUAGUCCUCUGCUCCUUUUAAAAUGUUUAUAGAUACAGUAACUUAUAUCUGUAAAAUUAUAUUGUUUGCACACUGACUAUUGCAAUAAAAUCUACUUUUUAAUUAA